CCUUGCACUUGCUCCCUCCAAUCUCAGUCGUCGAAGCACUCGCGAUUUCCCCUCCUACCCUCCCUCUCGCUAGCCCACGCGCCCACCUACCCAAAAGAACCCCAGCAUCGCACUCCUCUCCCGGCGCCACCUCGUUGGACGUCGGCAGUUGCCAGCUAGCUCCACACCCCAGGUCGACAGCGGCCGCGGCGAUGGCAAUGGAGGCGGCUGUGGCGGAGAAGAGCGGUGGCGGCGCCAGAGCGGCCGAGGCGGGAGAAGCUGCCGCCGUGCAGGCGGGGAGCGGCGGCGAGAGGCGGUCCCGGUUCCGCCGGAUCUGCGUGUACUGCGGCAGCGCCAAGGGCCGGAAGCCGAGCUACCAGGACGCCGCCGUCGAGCUCGGCAAGGAGCUCGUGGAGAGGGGCAUAGACCUGGUCUACGGGGGAGGAUCCAUUGGCCUCAUGGGGCUGGUCUCUCAUGCAGUUCAUGAUGGAGGGCGCCAUGUGAUUGGGGUCAUCCCAAUAUCCUUGAUGCCCAGAGAAGUAACUGGUGAGCCUGUUGGGGAAGUAAGAGCUGUCUCCGGCAUGCAUGAGAGGAAGGCCGAGAUGGCUCGAUUUGCUGAUGCUUUCAUAGCAUUACCUGGCGGCUAUGGGACUCUGGAGGAAUUGCUUGAGGUCAUCACCUGGGCUCAACUAGGAAUCCAUAAGAAACCGGUUGGUCUCCUGAACGUGGAUGGGUUCUACGAUCCGUUCCUGUCCUUCAUCGACAUGGCUGUCAAUGAAGGCUUCAUAAAAGAGGACGCGCGGCGCAUCAUCAUUUCAGCUCCUACAGCAAAGGAGCUUGUCCGGAAGCUUGAGGAGUGUGUUCCAGAGUACGAGGUCGGUUUGGUGUGGGAGGAUCAGGUGCCGCCGCCGCCGCAGCCGCAGCAGCAGCAGCACAGCUUUGCGCCUGAGCUCGAGCCCGGGAUCGCUUCGUCCUGAUCCGUCGCCUCGCCUACCUUAACCAGAUUCUGACCGACAGCCAGCUCAAGUAGUAGCAUCUAACAAAUUGAGCGAAGGAUGGGACACCUAGCUCGCCCGUGCUGAUCUGUUGUACUCAUUGCUCCGCCUGUCAGCUGUUCUUUUGGUGCAACACUGUUAGCACUUACCUAGCAGUGCCUUUCUCUGUCAUGCUGUUCUUUUGCUUCUAGAAGCAGAAGGGAUGUAUAUUCAGGGUAUGUCGUAUUAGGACGCCUGUAGUCUAGCAGCAGGGCCAUGUUUCUGAAUUGUUGGAGUAGAUUGCUCGCACGUGUGGAUGAAACGUGGAUCAAUGGACGGAUGGGUUCAAUCUCAAACCUGUGCUGAGCUCUAUGCAGCAUGAUGUACGAGUAGGGCUUGAUCUGCUCCCUUCCUUGCCUGUGUUUCUGGGUGCGGUUUGAGCGUCCCUGUCGCGGGCAAUGGAUGGGAUUGGAAUCUGACGUCCAGGGGUGUCAGCAGGAGGACACGGGUGGGUCUCGCCACGGCGACAAAGAUGGCACCCUGGAUUUGGACCCCGGCUGCGGUCUUCCAAAGGCGAGAUUGCCGGUCCGGUGUUCCCCGAACGAGGGGAAAUCAAAAGAGCGCAAUGGAAAGGAAUGUGAUGAAUUUGGAUCUCUAUAUGUGGGCCCACCCUCCUAUUAGUGAGAUGCAGAGCUGGUUAGAGUGGGUACAUUAGGUAGGUAUCGUGGGAUCAA